AUGAAAAUAAAGGUCGCAAUCUUGAUUCUCCCCCUGUUUUCCACCCCUUCUUCUCCCACAAAAUGCUUCGAUUUGAAUGUUCUCGAGUGCUGGCCAAUGGAAAUUCAGGAAAUGAUUUUGAUGGUUUCCGGUGAAAAUACGCCAAGGUACAAUUGUUCUGGAAAAACCAAAGACGAGUGGUAUGAGACAGGAGAGAAACGACUUGGAUGGGGAAUCUAUUAUGUGUCAAGUGGAAUAUCCUUCCAAUUCAUCGGUUGGCCAGUUCUUUGGAUAUUUUUAACUAAAUUCAAUAUGACUCAUGCAUUGAAAGUAUAUCGAGUUAUGGUAUUCAUUGGUCUUAUUGAGAUUACCGAAGUUUGGGGAAACUCUGUUUGGCCUGGAAUUGUUGCACUGUUUGGAGAGGUUUAUUGUACAAAUCCGAAAAUAACAACAGUUGUUGGAAAAGUUACGAUGGUUCAAUGGGUUCUUGGUUCAUCAUCUGCAGUUUUUCUUGGUCUCCACCGACUCACAGACAUGGCCCAAAAAGGAGAAUUUCUUGUGAAUACUAAUCUUAAAACAAGUAUCUGGUUAGCAUGUCUCAGUAUCUACGCAUUCUAUGGUUCCAUCUUCUUUGAUACAGUUCUUUUCAACUCAGUCUACAUGGCGCCGCUUCUCGAUCCAAUGAUUGGAAAUCAGGGAAUCGUGUAUUCAAAUAGAUUUCUCUAUUUCCAUAACAUAUUCGUCUCAAUCCUUCUAAUUAUUGUUUAUGCCAGCUUGUGCAUAAUUUGGAGUACUCGUGAAAUGCACACUUCGUCAAUUCAUGUCUCAAAAUUCCAGAAAAGUAUCCUACUCCAGUCGAUAUGUGUAUCCCUCACCUAUGCAGUUCCAGCUGUCUCAUUCGUUGCCAUGUUUGUUUUCCAAACCCCAAAAUGGUUCUUCCACGCAUCUGAUAUAACAUAUCAACUCAGCGGAGGACUUCCAUUCCUCAUGUAUAUUUGGCUCAACCAUAAAGUUCAAGACGAGUUUUUCAAACGGCUGGGAGUAUGUCGAAAUGCCAAAAACCAGAAAACGGUGGUUCCUUCUGUACACUCAACUGCCAGUCGCUUCAAUAACUGA